CUUAAUUUCAUUAACUCAAUUCAAUUUAUACGAUAAUAUUAAUUAAACUUAUAAUUAUAAUUAUUAUUAUUAUUAUUAUUUAUCACUACAGUAAUGUUACAUUUAGAUGACAAUAAUGAAUUAUACCAACUAAUUAAUUAAAGGAUCUGAUAACUCUAGUGGGUAAGCCGCAUGGCCCCAGGAUGAGCAUCAGGAAACGAACCAAAAAAAUUUUCGGUUAUGGAUGUGAAAAGUUAUCGUAAGCUGUUAAAAGGUAUAUUAACAUAUAUUGUAUAUAUUGCUAUGACUCAAGAAAUUAAUAUUGAUACUGCCAGUUUAGAGCAGUUGAGAGAUGUAUUAGUUAACAAAACUGGGGAUGUUAAGUUAGCCAAUAGAUUUAGAGCCUUAUUCAACUUAAAGAGUAUUGGUGGUGAAUUACAAGAUAGAGAUCAAGCUAAUAAAGCUGUUGAUUAUAUUUCUGAAGCAUUUAAAGAUCAUUCUGAAUUAUUAAAGCAUGAAGUUGCUUAUGUCUUGGGUCAAACUAAAAAUUUACAUGCUGUCACUAGUUUAAGAGACGUGUUAAAAUCACAAGAUCAACAAUGUAUGGUUAGACAUGAAGCUGCUGAAGCCUUAGGUGCUUUAGGAGAUGUUGAUUCUUUACCUUUAUUAGAAGAUUACUUCAAAAACGAUCCAGAAAUUGAGAUUAGACAAACUUGUGAAUUAGCUAUUGAAAGAAUAAAAUGGGAAAACUCAGAGAAAGCUACAACUGAACAAUUAGAACAAUCUGCUUACACUUCUAUUGAUCCAGCCCCACCUUUAGCUACUAAUCAAGAAUCUAAAGUUGAUAAAUUACAAGCCAUAUUGAAUGACCAAGAUAAGCCAUUAUUUGAAAGAUAUAGAGCUAUGUUCAGAUUAAGAGAUUUAGGUACUGAUGAAGCUUGUUUAGCUUUGGCUAGUGGUUUUGGUGAUCCUUCUGCUUUAUUCAAACACGAAAUCGCUUAUGUAUUUGGUCAAUUAUGCAACCCAGUUUCUGUUCCAUCUUUAAUUAAAGUAUUAAAAGAUGAAACUCAAGCAGGUAUGGUAAGACAUGAAGCUGCUGAAGCUUUAGGAUCUAUUGCUACUGAUGAAUGCUUACCAGUUUUGGAAUCAUUCCUUAAUGAUAAAGAAGCCGUAGUUAGAGAAUCUGCUAUUGUUGCUUUAGACAUGUAUGAAUACGAAAAUUCCACUGAAAUGGAAUAUGCUACCAUCAAAACUAAUUAGAAAUAUUUCUUGUGUAUAUUAUUAUUAUUAUUAUUAUCUUCUCGUUAUAGCUUAAUGACUUUUCAGUCAUUUAAUUAUAUUACUUUUCAUGUUUAUGUUUCUUUCUAAUACAAAAUUAUCGGUUUCAUUUUUAAAU